AUGGCUGAUAAUAUUAAAUACCUUCCGCUCUUACCCCACGUUAGCAAAGGGCGUAUCAUUCACGUCACCCAUCAAAUACCGUUUGAAAUACAUCAAAAUUCGAAUAGUGGAAAAGAAUCGAACGACGAAGCAAACUCAUGGAUAAUUGAAGCUCGACUCAAUCAUCAUAAUGCAAUGUAUUCUGGUAUACAAUCACUCGGUGUCGACUAUGAAAACCUAUAUAUUGGCUGGACAGGUCACAUCAAAACGAAGAAUAAUGAAAAUGUAAAUGCCAGCUCAUUGGCAAAUGAUCAAAAAGAGGUCCUCUCAAGUCAUUUAUUUCGGGAACACCAGUGUAUACCAUUAUUUUUGGAUAACGAGCUUAUUACUGGGCAUUACUAUGGAUAUUGCAAAUCAAUCUUGUGGCCGCUGUUCAACUACAUCAUUUGGAAUGAUGCUACAGACGGUAGAAAAGAAAAAGCUCAGUGGAAUUACUACGAAGCAGUAAAUAAAAAAUACGCAGAACUCAUUGUAAAGCACUAUAAACCAGAAGAUACGAUUUGGAUACAUGAUUAUCAUUUACUUUUAGUUCCAAGCAUGGUUCGUUCAAGACUACCAAAAGCUAAGAUUGGACUCUUUGUUCAUUCUCCGUUCCCCAGCUCCGAAAUAUUUCGUUGUUUACCAAAGAGGCAAGAGGUUUUAAAAGGAAUGCUAGGCGCUAAUCUCGUUGGCUUUCAGACAUAUGCAAAUGCAAGACAUUUUAUAUCUACUUCAACGAGAGUGUUAGGCUACGAAAGCUCACCAGAUGGCAUUGAAUAUGAUGGGCAUUUUUGCCAUGUGGGUACUUUUCCUAUCGGAGUCGAUGUGAAUACAAUUGAUACAGUAAGAAAAACACCUGAAGUUGUCAACACAGUCAAAGCACUGAAGGAGAUCUAUGGUGAUAAGAAGAUUUUGGUGGGAAGGGAUAAAAUCGAGCUUGUGCAGAGUGUCCUACAAAAAUUGGCUGCUUUUAAAAAGUUCCUGUUGACAUACCCAGAAUGGCAAAACAAAGUUGUCUAUAUUCAAGUAACCGAUGCCACAUCUAUAUCCACAGCAGAUAGUAUAGAGAACGAGCAUAAAAUUUCGGAUAUGGUAGCCCAUAUUAAUGGUACCUAUGGCAAUUUGGAAUACACUCCAGUGUAUCACUACCAUCAUCAAAUACAAACCUAUGAAUAUUACGCGCUGUUAUCAGCAGCAGAUGCCGCUUUGAUUACAGCUGUUCGAGAUGGGAUGAAUACUGCUAGCCUUGAAUAUGUGAUGUGUCAACAAGAAAAUCAUGGAUCAUUAAUUGUCUCUGAAUUGAGUGGAACAGCGGGGUCAAUGGGUUCAGCAUUAUUAAUUAAUCCAUGGGAUUAUAAAGGCGUUGCCAGGGUCAUUCAAGAUGCUUUUCUUAUGUGCGAAGAGGAAAAAUUAAGCAGGCAUAUGCAACUGUUAGCCCAUGUAAAGUCAAAUACUUCUUCUUUUUGGGCACAGUCCUUUACUAAAAUGCUCUUACAUGCUUGUGCAUUGUCAGAGCAAAGUAGACACACCCCGCGGCUCAAUGUCGACUACUUAUUAGAUAGGUACCGUUAUUCGACGAAGCGACUAUUAUGCUUCAAUUUGGAUGUAACCUUCACAACAGUUAGAAAAGCGGCUUCAAAGACUGCUUCAUCAUGGUCUAGUGAGAUCAUCGAGUAUUUGAUAAAACUGUGCUGUGAUCCGAAAAAUGAAGUAUGGGUUUUAUCAGGCAGAGAUGAAAAUGCAUUGGACAGCUUAUUUGGUCGUGUUAUUGGACUAGGACUAAGUGCAGAGCAUGGGUCAUUCAUUCGAUACCCAAACAGUAAAAGGUGGCUAAAUCUUACAGAGCACUUUGACAUGAGUUGGAAAAAUGAUAUUCUAGAAAUUUUCACCUAUUAUACCGAGCGAACCACGGGUAGUUUUAUUGAGCAUAAACGCAAUGCAUUAACAUGGCACUAUCGCUUAGCAGAUGCCGAAUAUGGUGCGUUUCAAGCAAAAGAAUGUCAAAAUCAUCUAGAGCAAGCCAUAUUAAGUAAAUUACCCGUUGAAGUAUUUGUGGGUGAGAAAUAUCUUCAAGUGCGGCCAACAUUGGUAAACAAAGGAGAAGUCUUGAAACGACUGGUGGUAAAUCAGUCAUACGAUUUCUUGAUGUGCUGUGGUGACGAUCGUACAGACGAAGAAAUGUUCAAGGUGCUUCAAAAAUCGGAAUUAUUGGGAUACCAGAAGUUUGCCAUCAUCAUAGGUGGGUCAGAAGGACGGAAAACCCAAGCCAGUUGGCAUUUGCCAUCUACUGAAAGCUUGGUUGGAUGUAUGUCGAGGUUGGUCAAAUGUUCAUCGCUAUCAGCUGCUUCAACUUUGAAAUAG